AUGUUUUAUUCUUGCAAAAGAUUCUUUUUACCUGUUGUUGUCGGGCUAAUUAUUCGGCCUCCGGGCGUGCAUGGUUAUACCAUCCCAAUCGGAGAACGAUCUAUUGAAAGCCCACGCACAGACUACCUGUUGAAAGCGAAAGCUGCGGUGACUACCUUACAACAAUGGUAUAACACAACCAGCGGAUUGUGGGACACGACUGGAUGGUGGAACAGCGCCAAUUGCUUGACAAUGUUAGCUGACCUGACCGCUAUUGAUUCUUCCAUGAUUCACACAACCGUUCCAGUAUUUGAGAAUACGUUUGUCAAAGCUCAGCAAUAUAACUUCUCAACCUCGCAGGUCAAUGAACCCUCUGUCGGGCCUCCGAAUGGUUUUAUCAAUCAAUAUUACGACGAUGAAGGUUGGUGGGCGCUUGGUUGGAUCAAAGUGUUCGACCUGGUCCACGACCCGAAAUACCUUUCGAUGGCUGCGGACAUUUUCAAAGACAUGACAACAGGCUGGGGUGCCACCUGCGGCGGUGUUUGGUGGAAUAAAAACCAUACUCAGAACGGGGCUAUUGAGAACGAGCUCUUUCUUAGCGUCGCAGCCCACCUCGCCAACAGAAUGCCCGAUAAAAACUAUUACCUGGAUUGGGCCUUGAAGGAAUGGACUUGGUUCAAGAGAAGUGGGAUGAUCAACGCACAAAACAAUAUCAAUAACGGUCUUGACUUAACGACGUGUGAGAACGACAAUGGAACGAUCUGGUCAUAUAACCAGGGUGUUAUUCUUGGUGGCCUCGUUGAGCUUUCCCGGGCGUUGCCAGAUGAGUCCUCCUAUUUGAAGAUGGCCAAGAAUAUCGCCACUGCUGCCUUAGAAGUGCUCACUGAUUCAAAUGGCAUCCUACACGAUCCUUGUGAGCCAAAUUGUGGCGCUGAUGGAUCUCAAUUCAAGGGAAUCUUCUUGCGGAAUGUUCAGGAUUUAUAUGGAGCUUCUUCAAGUGAACAGCUGAAGUCAUUCGUCGAGAGAAAUGCAGAUAGCAUCUGGAUCAACGACCGGGGCGUUGAUAACGAGCUUGAUAUUUUAUGGUCGGGCCCGUUCACGGGUGGUGCUAAUGCAUCAACGCAAAGUUCUGCGUGCGAUGCUUUGGUAGCAGCUGUAGGCGUCCAAAGCCCUAAGCACGCGUGA